UUUGCCACGUACACCUGAUAACGUCAGUGUAAACUAAUGGAGCAGAAGCUGGCAGAGUUCAGAGCCAGACGACAGGCUGAAAGCACCGUGAAGAAGAGUGCUGAUCCGCCGUGCAGAGCACAGGCAGAGGCGGACACAGAUGCUCAGACUCACACAACAUCAACUACUGACAGUCUGCAAACAGAAGAGACGGGAAAUACCACAGCUACAACUCAGAGCCCCCAGAGGAAGGACCGCAGUGACUGGCUGCUGGACAGCGCUCUGGGAAGAUGGCUGGCCUCGAGACAAAUUGUCCUCUCAAACAUUAUUUUGCUCAAACUGCUGCUGUGGCUGGUGCUGCUCGGUCUGUUUGUCGAACUGGAGUUCGGGCUGCCUUUCUUCGUCAUCUCGCUCUUCUACUGGCUCUAUGAGGGACUCCGUAGCCCCGCUGCUCGUGAGCCUGGAGAACUGAGCGCUUAUUCUGUCUUCAACCCGGACUGUCAGCCUCUGCUGGGCUCUCUCACUGCAGAGCAGCUGGAGGGAGAGAUGGGUUACAGACCUCUGGCUAACAGAUGAAGCAACUGUGAUUUGCACACUUAUAUUAAAUAUCAACACCCUGUUGUCCUCUGAAAAAUGUUAAUUAUGUUCAGGAAAAUACAGGGACGUACAAUAAUGGUUUCAGUUCAUUAUUUCUAACACAUUAAACUGAGAUUGGUCUAUGCACAGUUCACUCCUUCCUGUUUCCUCUUUGAAGCAGUUUAAUGGUGUUAUCACUCCAGGUUGUGGAAGACAGAUAUGCUACGUCAAAUAUUUGUUACGUAGUACACAAUAUAAUGGGUGACCUUUUCUUCAAAAUCUGUCUCUUAUUUUAAACUUUUACUUCAAUCUCCUCUAGUAAUUAGCAAGGGUGCGCUGGAAAAUGUUGGAAUGGUAUUUAGGAGUGAACUGGGGAGAAACAGCAGCUCAGCCUGAGUCAGAUAUACUAAAAGGAUAAGGGACAAACUGCCUUUAAUUCAUGAGAAAAAUGUUGUUUACUUGAACUAAACAGUUUUCCAAGUUUAAUAAACAACUCUCAUGCAACAA